AUGAACUAUUUCAGGUUGAUUCUAUUUAUUGCUUCGGUUUGUGCCAUAGACAUAUCUAAUAAACACUUGAGACCCUAUGAUUUGAACAAAAUUGCUGGCCUUCACGAAGUGACCACUGAAUUGGAAACGCCGCCAUCAAUCACCAAGUCAGUCUGGUAUCUCAACAUAUAUGAUUCUCAAGAUAAAGAUGGAAAGGAUAAGAUGGACGUGGAGAAUUGCCCCGAUGAUUCCCAGAUAUGUGGUAUCACAGAGGUGCUACUCAAUGGUAAGGAGCCAGUAGUCUCUGAAGUGGUUGCAUUCUCUAGAAACCUCAAACCCUCAAUUGAAACCAAUGAUAACAAUGUUACUGUACAAUUAACAGGCGCUUAUUGGGGAAAACAGUCUAUCGCUGCUGACAUCGUUUUUGAGUGUAGUAAAGACGGAGAUUAUGACAAAGACCUUUUAGAAUUAGUUGGCUGGAACCGUCAACAAUUGGAGUUACGAAUAAAGUCCAAAGCUGCAUGUAGGUCUGAUAACAAAGGUAGAAAAGACGACAAAAACAAGGACAAGGAUAAGGACGGAAAACAUGACUCUGAUUCUGACGGGUCUUGGGGAUGGUUUACAUGGUUUUUUAUACUCGGAGUGAUCGGCUUUGCUGCGUACAUAAUUGGCACUGCAUGGUUGAAUGUCAGCAACCGGGGAUCUUCUAAUGAGGCUUUCAGUGAGUUUGUCGAUGCCGUUGUUGAAGUCGUAUCAAGGAUCCCUGGAUUCUUGAGAGAGUUGGCAGGUAAAAUCUUUGGAAGCUCAAAUAGAGGUGGAUAUAGUGCAGUUUAG